UACUGGCUCGUAGCGCGAAUCACACCAUAACUUCUGGUGAAAAGCUCGGGAGAAAUGUAUCGUUACAGGGUCAGUUUAGGGCAAGAAUUGACAUGCAUCGACGACGGGCAGUGGGAGGCCUUGAUCGAGCCAGGAGACCGAAGGCUCGUCAGCAGGGUCGCCGGCAGGGUUGCCGGCAGGGUCGCCGGCAGUGUCGCCUUCCAUCACAUUAGCGAGGUCCUUAGCGAGCUCGUCGGCGGGUUCGCCGGCUGGCGUGUCGCCAGGCUCGGCAACAGGCUCGCCACCAGUUUGGCCUCCAGAUUCGCCAGAAGAAUCGCCGCCGGGGUCUCCGCCAGGCUCAUCGGCUUAGCCGUCGGCAGGCUCGCCGCCGGGGUCAUCAUUGGGGCCCUCGGUGCCCAAGCCGGUCCGGUCGCCAACACGGUCAUUGGCGGGCUCAUCCGCAGUCUCGUCGGCAACGGCAGGCUCGUCCGCGUCGGCAGUCUCGUCGGCAGAGUCGUCGGCAGGCGAACCGGCAGGCUUUUAGGAAGAGUCAUCGGCUGGCUUGUCGGCAUACUUGUCCGCAAGCUCCUCCGCAGAAUGGCCCGAAGGCUCCCUCGCCACCGCUUCAUCAGAUUGGUCAGGAGAUUUGUCGGCAGGCUCGGCGUCAGGCUCCCCAGAAGAAUCACCGCCAGAAUCGAUGGCACCAUCGACUGCGUCGGCACGCUCGGCGUCAGGCUCGUCGUCCGGUUCGCCAGCAUCGUCGCCGGCACGCUCGUCACCAGACUCAUAUGCAGAUAGCCCAGAAUCCCAGCAUGUUCGGUCUUGGAUUAAAAAAAUUAAAUUGGCAUGUUCGGUCAGGCUUAAAAAAUUUAACUGGAAUGUUCGGUGUUGGCUUAAUAAAAUAAA